GUUAGUUUACGUUUUCCGCCGAACUAGCAGUUUGAAUCGUCUCAGUUUAACUGCUGUGCCAGCUGUAGCUCUGUCUAUUUCCAUCUCAUGAGUCACUCAUUCUCAACUUCCAGCAGCAGUUCCAACCCCUCACACUCCGCUUCCUGAUACCUGACGUCACACGGUCACCGCAAGGGGUUGUCCGCUGGUGUGUUCUGUACAGCAACAGUUUCCCUUUUAACACGGAGAGAAAGAGCGUCAAGCGGGGAAGAACAAGUCGCCGCGUUUUUUUCCUUCUUUAUUUUAAAAUGGAAGUUUAGGACAAGGGGAAUAUAUCCGCAGGGCCACAGCUCUACACCGCGACUGACAGCAGAGAAACGUUAUCCCCAGCCGGCUGAGGAAAAGCCAUGGCCAUUAUAACCUGCCGAGUGCAGUAUUUGGAGGACUCGGACCCUUUCGUCUGUACCAACUUCCCGGAGCCACGGAGACCGCCGCCCUAUGAUCUGGACGAAAACAUCGCCUUGAUUGAGCAGAUAGCCGGGGUUCACAAACUCCUGGAGGCACCGCUGAAGUUGGAGGAGUGUGCUCUGCAGAUGGCCCCCAAUGGGAACUACCUGGACCUUGACCUGUCUCUGGGGGAACAGAAAGAUGAUGUGGAACAGCUCUAUGACGACGUGGGUAGAGGGAAGAAGCCCAUCCUGAUCCUGAGAACUCAGCUAUCUGUCAGAGUCCACUCCAUUCUAGAGAAGCUGUACAACUCUCAUGGACCUGAGCUCCGGAGGUCCCUGUUCUCCCUCAAGCAGCUCUUCGAGGACGAUAAAGACCUGGUGCCAGAGUUUGUGAAUUCAGAAGGCUUGACGUGUUUCAUCAAGGUUGGAGCGGAGGCCGACCACAACUAUCAGAACUACAUUCUCCGAGCCCUCAGUCAGAUCAUGCUGUUUGUAGAUGGGAUGAACGGUGUGAUCGACCACAAUGACACUGUUCAGUGGCUCUACACUCUCAGUGGCAGUCUGUCUCGUCUGGUGGUGAAGACCGCUCUGAAGCUCCUGAUAGUGUUUGUAGAGUACACAGAGUUGAACAGUCCUCUACUUAUCCAGGCUGUCAACACUGUGGAUGGCAAGAGAGGUGUGAAGCCGUGGUCAUACCUGACAGAGAUCCUGGAGGAGAAGAACGGAUCAGACACCGAGCUGUUCAUCUUAACCAUGAACCUCAUCAACAAGACCCUUGCAGCCCUCCCGGACCAGGACUCGUUCUACGACGUGACCGAUUGUCUGGAACAGCAGGGGAUGGAACACAUUAUGCACAAACACAUGAGUAGCAAGGUCACUGAGCCAGACCUGAAACAGCAGUUCACCAUAUACGAGAGGGCUCUGAGGCACGAGGACGGAGAGAUGGAUGCUGCUCCUCACGUUAGGAAGGAGAGGAGGAAGGUGACAGCCAACGAACAGGAGGGCAGGAGGAUCAGGAGAUCCUCAGCUCAGAACCUCCCCGACAUCCUCUCCUCCUCACCUACCACAUCCAACACUAUCUCUCCCUCCUCCACUCUCUCCCCUUCCACCCCCUCUCCUUUCUCUCCCUCCUCCUCCACUCUCUCCCCUUCCACCUCCUCCCCUUUCUCUCCCUCCUCCUCCUCUCCCUCUAACAGUCCUACAGCCGGGCUGAGUAGGACCUCCUCCCCUCUCCCCUCCUCCUCUCGUAGCGCCUCACCCCUCACCCCAACCUCCAGCCCAUCAGACUCUGGUUCUCAGAGGUCCUCUCCUCUACCGCCCCCCGAGGUGACCAACGGUACUGCAGCCUCCCUGUCUCCCACCGAACAGGAGCCCAAGACAACGUCUAAUCUGGGGCGAUCAUUCCUCAGUCACCACAUGUCUGCCUUGGGGAUCAGUAGGAGGUCACGGCACUUUAACAAGGCUGGUUCCAUCUCUGAAGAACCUGCUCCUUCUGCUUCUCGAGCCGCAAGCAGCCCGUCUCCUACUGACUUGGCUGGCCCUGAGAAGCAACAGCAGCCCCAGACGGUCCCGGUGCAACACGGGAACAAGACAGAGAGGAACACCUUCAGCUCUGAGCAGGCCAGCCACAGUGCCGUUUGCCCAGAGGACUGUAACGUUAAUAUGGACAAGCCCGUCCUUAGGAAGUUUCAAGGCACCUUCCUCCGCAACCUGGUCGCCACCCAGUGGGAGAAGACGAGUAGGAGCCAACACGAGAAGGUCCAGGAUGACCCCAUAGUCACGUCCCCCAGGGAAGAGGAGGAGACCUCACCUGCAGACAGCAGCCCCAGUACACCCACCGAAGCCCCGUUCCAGGCCAGCGGUGCAGAAACGGGGCCCCAGCCAGAGCUCCAUACAGGGGGGCAGGUCUCAGGAGAGACUGGCCCCAUCCAGAGAACCAUGGAGCAGCCUGACCCAGCAGACACCCAGGCGACCCAUAAUGAUCCAGGUGUCAGUGUCCAACAGAAAAACCUCUCCAACGAGAAGAAGUUCGUGCUGAACAUGCUCUACGCCAAUAACUCCUCGGGGUCUUCAGGGGAGCGGCCGUCAGGCACCAACCCUGACCCCAACCUCAACCCCGAGGAGAGCCUCUCCGGAGAGCCAGAGGACCACAGAGGGCUGGGCAGGGCUGGUAGCAGUGUGAAGGAACGUCUAUCUAGCCUCAAGGCCCAGCAGGCCCAGCCUCUACCCAGCGAGGACAGCAGUUCCAGGAGGGCAGAGCUGCAGGGUCUGGGUGGCAGUGCCCAGGCGGCGCGGGCCAGGCUGGCAGAGGAGCAGCAGCACAGGCGUGUCCGGCCGCAGUACAGCAUCGACGCAGAGACCCACUCCCGAAACCUGGAGAAAACCCAGAUGACCCCACUGGCCAGGGACAGACAGACGGACGCCUGGGACCAGCUCCAACCCAGCUCCAAAGCCCUGAAGAUUAAAGACCUGGACUUCUCCGACCUCAUGGAGGAGGAGGACAUAGAUGUCCUGGACGUGGACGUCUUUGACGUGGGUGUUGGUCGGCCCGGUGGCGGUGGUGGCGGCAUCCCACCUCCUCCUCCACCUAUUCCUGGACUAGCGUCCGCUCCUCCUCCUCCUCCUCCUCCUCCUCCUCCCCCCGGGGCUCCGUUUAUGAGUAUCCCUCCUCCACCUCCUCCCCCACCGGGUGGAGGUCUCUGCUCCCCUCCUCCACCACCUCCUCCUGGAGCUCCCCCUUCCUCCUCCUCCUCCUCUUCCCAGACUCCAGACCCGGCCUUUGCCAAGAAGAGGAAGACGGUCAAGUUGUUUUGGAAGGAACUCAAACAGUCAGACAGUCCCAGGAAGUGUAAAUUCGGACGCGGGACGGUGUGGGCGUCCCUGGAUAAGGUCACCGUGGAUACGGCCAAGCUGGAACACCUGUUUGAGUCCAAGGCCAAGGAGCUACCCGUGGCUCUAAAGAAAGGAUCAGAAGUGAAGAAAGCAGAGAUUCUGGUGUUGGACUCUAAGAGGAGUAACAGCAUCAACAUCGGCAUGACCGUACUACCAGCUGUCCACGUCAUCAAGACCGCCAUCCUCAACUUUGACGAGUUUGCCAUCAACAAGGAGGGCAUCGAGAAAAUCCUGACGAUGACUCCUUCGGAGGAGGAGAAACAGAAGAUCCAGGAGGCUCAGCUGGCCAACCCGGACGUCCCCCUGGGCUCAGCAGAACAGUUCCUCCUCACCCUGUCCUCCAUCAGCGGCCUCAGCGCUCGGCUACAGCUCUGGGCCUUCAAACUCAACUAUGAAACCCUGGAGAAGGAGAUAGCGGAGCCUCUCUUCGACCUGAAACUAGGCAUGGAGCAGCUCGCCAAAAACAAAACCUUUAAGCGUAUCCUAGCAACGCUUUUGGCCAUUGGAAACUUCCUCAACAGUACCAGUGCUAAAGGUUUUGAGCUGAACUACUUGGAGAAGGUAACUGAGGUGAAGGAUACGGUCCACAGACAGUCUCUGCUCCAUCACACCUGCAACUUCCUGGUGGACAACUACACCGACACCUCAGACGUGUACUCCGAGAUCCCCUCCAUCACACGCUCUGCUAGAGUGGAGUUUGAGCAGCUGUCAGAUAGCCUGGUUCAGCUGGAGAGGAAGUGUAAGACAUCGUGGGACAAUCUAAAGGUGAUGUCUAAACACGAGACCAAGGCCCUCCUGAAGAACAGGUUGACAGAGUUCCUUAAAGACUGUACAGAGAGGAUCAUUAUCCUGAAGGUGGUUCACAGACGCAUCAUCAACAGGUUCCAUUCCUUCCUGCUGUACCUAGGUCAGCCAUCCUACUCUGUCCGGGACACUAAGGUGACCCACUUCUGUAAGAUUAUCAGUGAGUUUUCUCUGGAGUACCGGACCACCAGGGAGAGGGUCCUGACCCAGAAACACAAGCGGGCUACCCACAGAGAACGCACCAAGACCAGGGGAAAGAUGAUCACUGAGACAGAGAAGUUCUCAGGGGUGGUGUCUCCCCAGUCCCAGGACAGCCCCUCCCUUGGCUCCAGGCCUACAGAGCCAGAUCCAGAUCCAGCCCAGGAGGAGCAUGACAACAUGAAGAACGUGCUCAACACCUCCAGCGGUACCGAACACCAGGGGAACCUGCGCCGCAACCGGGGCUACCGCAGUCUAGGCCCAGUUAGUCCAUCCCAGAUGUCUGUAGCCAAAGAGGACAGUGCUAGCUCCCAGGAUGAUGCUACGGAUGAGAUCAUGGAUCGGCUAGUCAAGUCUGUUACCAGGAGCCCCUCAGAGAGGCCGUCCAGCCCCAAGACACGCAAACGCUCCCGCCUCAACAGGAAGUCGUUGAGGAGGACUCUGAAGAGCGGACUAAGUGUUGACGUGGUUCAGGCUCUGGGACUCGACAACAAGACUGGAGACCAGCUCUGAACACACACAGUACUAACACACACACAGUACUACCAGACACACACACACACACACAGUACUACCAGACACACCAGCCAUGAAGAGGAAGGAUGAAGCUUGUACCACACACAGAGACACAGCACUACCAGACACACACACACACACAGCACUACCAGACACACACACACACACACACACACAGCACUACCAGACACACACACACACAGCACUACCAGACACACCAGCCAUGAAGAGGAAGGAUGAAGCUCGUACCACACACAGCACUACCAGACACACCAGCCAUGAAGAGGAAGGAUGAAGCUCGUACCGAGGGCCUGGAUCUUAGAAAGUCCUGAUGUGACAGAGAGAAGAGACAGUACAUGUAGGAAGGACAUACUGGUGCUCACUACAGUAGCCCCGCCCCCGCCCACAAUGCUUUGGGCUUGUUCCUGUCUCACUACAGUAGCCCCCCCCCGCCCCUCCCACAAUGCUUUGGGCUUGUUCCUGUCUCACUACAGUAGCCCCCCCCGCCCCUCCCACAAUGCUUUGGCCUUGUUCCUGUCUCACUACAGUAGCCCGCCCCUCCCACAAUGCUUUGGCCUUGUUCCUGUCUCACUACAGUAGCCCGCCCCUCCCACAAUGCUUUGGCCUUGUUCCUGUCUCACUA